AGGUGGUAUACAUGCUGCAGCGUCUUGCCUAGAGGUAGCCCUGGGAACCAGUUUUUAGAAGCACGAGGAUGGAGUGAAGAAAAAUCCAUUCCCCAAGUUUGCAAUAAUUGUCUGUCAUAGAGACCAACUUUGAUAUGAGUUCGUUGUCUCAGGUCUUCCCAACGAAAUCUUACUCUAAUCUGAAUCGAACUCCCGAAAAUACUGAAAAAGGCGCACCCUAUUCCUCCAUCCCUCUCAAAUUCUAUGCCAAAGUGAUUCCCAACACCGAAAAGGUGGGCUUCAAUUCUCAGGCAAAGAGAUUUCAAUAUUCUGAGAAUGAAAAUCCAGGACCUGGACUUUAUAAUAUCAUCCACCAAUCUCUGCUUCUCAACGAUGUCUCCCAGUCUCGGAAAGGAACCUGUUUUUUCCCUUCCUUGGAUGUCCGGAUCGCUCACCAGAGAAUUCCCAACUAUCCUGCUUCAAAUGCCUAUGACAUCCCACCUACUCUGCAUUCCAAGAAAGACUUCAGCAUGGGGUACUCUAGCAUGUUUCAUCCGCCGUUUGCCCGGAAGAUUCCCAAAAGGGCCACGCCAGCCCCCAACCAAUACAAUGUUUCAGUGGAUCUCUGCAAACAGAACCGCAAACUCGGUGCCAAGUCUGUCUUCUCAUCAAAAACAAAACGGACCUUGUCGUACAGCUGCCAGGAACGAGUGCCUUCUCCAUGUCACUACCGGAUUAAAGACUCCAUAAUAAGAGUGUCUCCUCCAGUGCUGGUGUCCUGCUUUAAAUCCAAAACGGGUCGUACAAUCAACCCAGAAACCCUGAGCCCGGGACCGGCAGCCUAUCAGCAGCCGGUUGAAACUUCAGUUGGACCAUCAAAGAGAUUCUCUGGAUUGAGGAAGUGCAUCUUGAAUUUCUCAGCCCCAGCUGUCCCUCCCCCUCAAAAUCCUCCUUUACCAGGGCCUGGCCAAUAUGACUUAGUGGACUACAGUGGACCUCCUAAGCACUACAUCUCCAGUGCUGUAUUCGUCUCAAACACACGCCGCUGGACAGGUGAUAAAUUACAUCAAGGCAUACCUGGACCAGGGACUUACAACCUCUCUAUUCCACGAAAACAAUCUUUCAUGUACAACAUCAGCAACAAAUGGGUGCCAGUAUUAUAAAGGAAGAGUUUCCAC